AAAGCGCUGGCCUCUCCCCCGCCGUGGACUUUGGCUAAGAUCAGAACUUGUGUCUGCUGCCUUGUGUAACUGAAGCCAAACACAGGAAAGUGUCCUAGCCAACGCUGCAUAGCUGUUGUUUUCAGUUUUGCUAAACCUGUCAGCACUCUCAUCUGGAGAGAAGGCUUCCAGCCACAGUUUACAAUGUGGUGUUGCGUGCUGCUUUUCAGUGUCCUCUGGACAGUGGUCUGGUUCUUCCGAGACCGGCAGAUGUUGAGCUCCUUCAAGGAUAAGUAUGUUUUCGUCACAGGCUGUGACACAGGCUUUGGGAACCUGUUGGCCAAGCGGCUUGACAAGAAGGGCUUCCAAGUGUUAGCAGGCUGCUUGACUCAGAAAGGGGCUGAUAACCUGCAGCGUUCUAGCUCACCAAACCUGCGGACCACCCUCCUCGAUGUCACCAACUCUGAGAGCAUCCGCAAAGCCGUUGAGUGGGUGAAAGGUGAAGUGGGUGAAAAAGGGUUAUUUGGCCUAGUUAACAAUGCAGGUGUGGCCAACCCUAUUGGCCCUACAGAAUGGAUGAUAGUGGAGGAUUACCGUAAGGUCAUGUCUAUCAACACUUUUGGCAUGAUCGAGGUCUCAUUGGCUUUCUUGCCCCUGCUCAAGCAAGCUCGUGGCCGUGUGGUCAAUACCUCCAGCGUCUUGGGUCGCCUCUCAGCUAACGGUGGUGGCUACUGUAUUUCCAAAUACUGUGUUGAGGCCUUCUCCGACAGCCUCAGGAGGGAUAUGUACCAUUUUGGCGUAAAAGUCUCCAUUGUGGAGCCAGGUUUUUUCAAGACUGCUGUGACCAAUCUCGAUUCAAUUGAGUCCUCUUUGCGUCAAAUCUGGGAUCGAAUGCGUCCUGAGGCCCGGCAAAGCUAUGGUGAAGACUUCUUUUCAAACUACCUGAAGGUCCAGAAGUUCAUCAUGAACCUCAUUUGUGACCCAGACCUCAGCAAAGUGACCAACUGCAUGGAGCAUGCCCUAGAGGCUAAGCACCCUCGCACCCGCUACAGUGCUGGGUGGGAUGCCAAGUUUAUGUGGCUGCCAAUCUCUUACCUGCCUGCUUUCAUGGUGGACAUUGUUCUGGCUACGAUUCUACCAAAGCCAGCACAGAGGGUCCGCUAGACUCCAAAGCCUCUUCCCCUACCCAGGACCAGACCUGUGGCCCAACGGUCAAAAAAGAACACAUUUUACCAAAAUGAUAAAGAAAUAAAGUGUAUAUAUAAUCAGUGAAA